AUGUCGACGGAGAGUUUAUCAUCUAUUAGCACGCCAAGUCCGCCUGGCGCAUAUUUAUUAGUAGCAGGCAUUACAAGGGAUUGUACAGUAAAGCAAUUGAUUGAGUGCUUCCAGCAGGCAAGUGCGAUAAGAUUCAGCAUAGACCGUAAUAUGAACCCUGAGGAUCUCGAAGCGACGCUAGAAUUCGACAAUAAAGCAGCAUUUGACUCCGUACAUACUAAAAUCAUGGCGAAGAAAAUGUGUCUCCAUACAGGCUAUAUUCGCUCAGUUAUUCAAAGAGGCGCUAAUUCUUUUCCGGGAGUCCGUCAUCACGAGCUAAUGUCCUUUUUGAAAACCUUCAGACCAAAAGCAGCCCCAGAAAAGAAGGCCACAAGAGACAGCGACCCAUCUGCACCGAGACAAGCUAAUCUGUCAAAGACGCCUGCGCCAUCUUCGAGCACGUUUUUACCUUGUAGUCCGAUUUCUCAGCCGCCAGAUUCAGGUGAAUCAAAAGGAAACCAGCCUGCGCUGAAAAAUAUGCCAAAGCCAAUGAGUUUGAAUAAUCCUCCCCGGCCAAGGCCAUCGGGGACAAGAGCAGGUGGCGACUUCUCUCCUCAAGUGGCUGCUUAUCCACCUCCGGCGUCACCACAAACGGUGAGCACAACCGAUCCGAAUCGCCAAAUCCUGAUCACGCAAAAAAAUCACCUGCCAAUUCUUCCAAAUGGCAACUUCAAGUGGGACGAUACAAGACGAGUCUGCAGAUUUUGCAACAUCCCGACUCCAAAUAUGAACCAAUUCGGCAGUCACUCCAUGGGAAAGAAACACCUCAAAAAUGUGGAACACUUCAAGAACACCGGCCAUCUGAGAAGUGAAAUCCAGCAGUUAGUGGACGCUGGAAGUGCUUUAUGGCAACUUCCACCGCCAGGCUCCAAGGGAAGCAAGUUAUGUGCCCAAAAAAAGACCGCGAUGCAAAAGUCAAUAGUUGAUGAACUGCAUGCACGCAAAAUAUACGAGUAUUGUCCCACAUGUAACUGCGAGUUUACGUCGCGAGGACAGGCAAGAGAUCACUAUCUUGGAAAGCCACACGAUAAGCAAUUCAGGAAAAAGACCCUAGAGCGCCAAAUCCCGAAGAAGCUUGUUUUCGCUUUGGAACAUAUCAACAGCGAUCUCAACAAAACGUGGCAAAACGAAGUUCCUGUCCUUAGCGAGAUGCCACCUGAUUGGGAAAUCGACUACCGUAAAUACAGUCAGACGAUUCAAAAACGAAAAGGCGAAGGCUCCUCGCCGAAGUUUGCAAAUAAAUUCAACGAGAUUACGAAAAGAAACAGCAGUUUGUACGAAGAAGCUUAUAAGCAGCGUGACAAAAAGCAGUUCGCUACUCCAAUCCAAGCCGACUCUGUAGUGGCCGCUGGAAUGUUAAAACAGCGAGAUUCCUACUCUAUAAUCGCUCCGAAACCAAACUGGCAAGCCCCCAAAACGUCAGAAGACUCCUUGGAGACUGGCGAAGUUGUCUGUGACCUUGUAGAAGAACUCUCUGAUGAGGAAGAAGUUAUCGUUGGACUAGAUGAAACGCUUGAUAAGCUGUACGAGCGAAACACGCGGCAGAAAUGA